GUUCGUUCCGUGUCCGAAACUGCCGGAAGAAUUCCAGAAGCACAGCCCCACGGUGCCGAAGGGCUUGGAAACCUGCAAAGUCUUGGUGCAGAACCUCCUCCGCCUAGCCUACUUGGAGGCUGCGAAAGAGCCCAUGGCAUCCGCGAUGCACUAUGAGGACCCAAUGCAGCAACUGUUUCUCCCUGUGUCCGCCGGAAGUGGCGGGUUGCCGCUCCCGACGGCCAGCGUCGGCGCCCUGCUUCCUACGUCUUCGAAAAACG